UUUUUCAAGUUUUUGAAGCUCUCUUGGCGCGUCUGUGUAUAUAUAUAUAUAUAUAUAUAUUCUCGUGGAUUGGUGGGAAAUUGCAGCUAAACAAAUAUGGAAAGCAUAAUUCAAAAGCUAAAGAAGUUAGAUGCUUAUCCAAAAGUCAAUGAGGAUUUCUAUAGCCGCAGUUUCUCCGGUGGCCUUAUAACCCUUGUCUCUUCCCUUGUCACGCUUUUCCUUUUUCUUUCUGAGUUCAGAUUAUACCUGCACACUAUUACCGAGACACAGCUUUUUGUAGAUACUUCAAGGGGGGAAACUCUACAGAUUAACUUUGAUGUCACUUUUCCCGCCAUUCCAUGUUCAUUACUUAGUCUUGAUGCCAUGGAUAUCAUGGGGGAGCAGCAUAUUGAUAUAAAACACAAUAUAACUAAGAAGAGACUUAAUGCUGAUGGUGAAGAACUAGGAGUCAGGCGUGAUGGGAUCGGUGCAAAAAAAAUUGAAAAGCCUUUACAAAAGCAUGGUGGCAGACUUGAACACAACGAAGUUUAUUGUGGCUCAUGUUAUGGUGCAGAAGUGUCGGAUGAUCAGUGUUGUAACACAUGUGAAGAUGUUCGAUACGCAUACUGGAAAAAAGGGUGGGCACUUCUAAGCGGGGAUUUGAUUGAUCAGUGCACACGGGAAGGCUUUUUUCAGAAGGUCAAAGAUGAAGCAGGUGAAGGAUGUAAUAUAUAUGGGUCUCUGGAAGUAAAUAAAGUCGCUGGAAAUUUUCAUUUUGCACCUGGAAAGAGCUUUCAUCACUCUAAUGUUCGCCUAGACGAUUUGCUCUCUGUGCAAUCAUAUACUUAUAAUAUUAGUCACAGGAUCAAUAGACUGGCCUUUGGUGACUACUUUCCUGGUGUUGUGAAUCCACUAGAUGGGGGACGCUGGUUGCAUAGAUUUGAUGAAGAAGGUACACAGCAGUAUUUCCUCAAGGUGGUUCCAACAAUAUAUACUGAUAUUAGAGGCCACGUUGUCCGCUCAAACCAGUACUCUGUGACGGAGCAUUUCAAAAAACAAGAAUUUAUUCACCGUGACACUCCCGGAGUUUUCUUCUUUUAUGACUUCUCUCCAAUCAAGGUGAUUUCUAAAGAGGAGCAUUAUUCAUUUUUACACUUCCUGACAAAUAUUUGUGCAAUUAUUGGAGGUGUUUUUACAGUGGCUGGAAUUAUUGACUCAUUUGUGUAUCAUGGUCAAAAAGCAAUUAAGAAAAAGGUUGAACUUGGCAAACUCCGAUAAUAUUUUCGGUUGACUUUCUGCUUAAUGCUUUUGGAAGGGUAGAGCACAAUGUAAUUGUUUCCUCACAAGAGCCUCCGAUCUCUUUACGUUACUUCAUUUUUGUUUCCAGUUAGUUUAGACAUUUUAGGCUGUAGAUGCAGAAUAUGACCUCUCAGCUUAUCUACACACAUUCUUCGUCAAUGUGCAUUACUUCUGUUAGAUGGCAAGGGCUUGCAGAACACUCAGAAGGCAGGUAAUGUCCGAAAGUUUCUCGCAGAAUAUAAGAGCCGCUUGCUUCUGUUCAGGAACGAGGCCCUAGUCGAUGAAAAGACAACAUAGUUUCGUAGAAAUAUGGUGAUAUGUAAUAGAAAUAAGCACCAUAUGCACAAUGUAUACAACCUCAGUGCAAUUCAGUUGGCACGUAGGAGGGCAAAUUUUGAGUAAGCUAACAGUUAAUUAGUUAGCUAUUCUGUAUAUUAUUUUUCUCUUUUUUCUGGUUGGGAUAACAAUUAAGCUGUGGCUAUGAUACUUUUCAGUCAUUAUAUCUUAUAUAGCAGCAAAUUUAUAUUUCUCUC